AUGGCGUCCCGCUUGGUUAGAACCGCUGUCGGGGCUGCCCGCCUACGACCCUCCAUCUCUCCCCGAACCCUCCCGGCCCUGACCACGCUCACGAGCGCCCGAAGCGCCUCCAACGUCUCAACCGAGGAGCCUAAGGCCAAGGCCCAGUCGAUCAUUGACGCGCUCCCAGGCAACUCGCUGGUCUCCAAGACCGCUAUCCUGUCCUCGGCAGCCGGUCUGUCUAUCUACGCCCUCAGCAACGAGUACUAUGUUGUGAACGAGGAGACCGUUGUUGCGUUCUGCCUCCUGAGCGUCUGGGGUGGCUUGAUCAAGUAUGGUGGCCCGAUGUACAAACAGUGGGCUGAGGCACAGACCGAGAAGAUCAAGGGCAUCCUGAACGCCGCAAGAGCCGACCACACUCAGGCCGUCAAGAACCGCAUCGACAACGUUCAGCAGAUGAGCGGCGUUAUCGACAUCACCAAGGGCCUCUUCGAGGUCUCUAAGGAGACUGCCAAGAUUGAGGCUGAGGUUUACACCCUCGAGCAGAAGACUGCUCUGGCUGCUGAGGCCAAGACUGUCCUAGACUCUUGGGUUCGAUAUGAGAGCCAGGUCAAGCAGCGCCAACAGAAGGAGCUUGCUGAGUCCAUUAUUGCGAAGGUGCAGAAGGAGCUAGAGAACCCCAAGGUCUUGCAGCAGAUCCUCCAGCAGAGUGUGGCGGAUGUUGAGAAGAUCGUUUCUUCCAAGGCUCAAUAG